UCAAACAUGUCUGAAGAAACAAAUUCAAACAAAACAAUUAAAACCGAACCGAUCGAUGAUUAUCUUCAAGUUAAACAGGAAUUCGAUGAUUAUGAAAAUACAUUAGAUUUGUAUAUGGAUGAUGAUAUAUGUCUGCAGCAGUUUCUAAAAUCUGAGGUUACAAUUGAUGAGGAAAUAAAACAAGAGACGACUGAUGACCAACAUGAUGUGACUAGUAUAAAUAAAACAGUUUUAGAUGAAAAUUCUUCUGUAUGUAACGACGAGAUCAGUGAAUCAAGUACGAUAGUCGAUAGUACAAACAAAACAUUAGAAAAAGUUUCAGGAAAAGAUAAGACAACUAGUAAGUUUAAAUACAAAUGUAAAUCAUGCAGUAAAAUAUUUGUAUCCAAACGUAACUUGAAACAACAUGAAAGGAUCCAUACUGGAGAACGGCCUUAUGAGUGUAAAAUAUGCAAUAAAACAUUUUUGCAGUCAAGUACUUUAAGACAGCACUUAUCAGUUCAUACUGGAGAACGGCCUCAUGAGUGCAAAAUAUGCAAUAAAAGAUUUGCACUGAUAGUUAGUUUAAGAAAGCAUUCAUCAGUGCAUACUGAAGAACGCGCUUAUGAAUGUGAAAUAUGCAAUAAAAAAUUGAAAACAAAACAAACAUUAACUCAACAUAAAAUAGUACAUACUGGGGAACGGCCUUAUGAGUGUAAUAUAUGCAAUAAAACAUUUUCACAGUCAAGUAGUUUAAGACAGCAUUUAUCAGUGCAUACUGAAGAACGACCUUAUCCAUGUGAUAUAUGCAAUAAAAGAUACAAAACAAAAGAUAUAUUAAUGCGACAUGAAAGAGGACAUACUUGAGAACAAACUGUAAAA